AAAUGAUAAAACUUGGCCUUUUGAAUAUCAGGUCCCUCUCUACAAAAGCGCUUUUUGUAAAUGAUAUGAUCAUUGAUCAUAAUCUAGAUGUGCUAUGUUUGACAGAAACCUGGCUAAAAUCAGAUGAUUACAUUAUCUUAAACGAGUCUACUCCUCAUGAUUACUGUUAUAAACAUGAGCCACGUCUAAAAGGUAAAGGGGGAGGUGUUUCUACAAUUUAUAGCAAUAUUUUUAGUGUUUCACAGAGAGCGGAUUUCAAGUAUAACUCAUUUGAAGUAAUGGUGCUUCAUAUAACAUUAUCCAGAGAAACAAUUGUUAAUGAUAAAUCCCCUAUGACGUUUGUACUUGCUACUGUAUACAGGCCACCAGGGCACCAUACAGAUUUUCUUCAAGAAUUUGCUGAUUUUAUAUCUGAGCUGGUGUUGGCUACAGAUAAGGUCUUAAUAGUAGGUGACUUUAACAUCCAUGUUGAUAUUGAAAAUGAUGCGCUGGCAGCUGCAUUUACAGACAUUCUAAAUUCUAUUGGAGUUAGACAACACGUGUCAGGUCCCACUCAUUGUCGAAAUCAUACUCUAGACUUAAUACUGUCACAUGGAAUUGAUGUCAAUGCCGUUGAGAUUCUGCAGCAAAGUGAUGAUAUCUCUGAUCAUUAUCUAGUCUCGUGUAUUCUCCAGAUGACUAAAACUGUAAAUUCAACUCCUUAUUAUAAGUAUGGUAGAACCAUCACUUCUACUACAAAAGAUUGCUUUCUAAGUAAUCUUCCUGACUUAUCUGAAUUCUUCAGCAUGUCCAAUAGCUCAGAAAAACUUGAUGAAGUAACAGAAACUAUUGACUCUCUCUUUUCCAGGACUCUAGAUACGGUCGCUCCUCUGCGCCUAAGGAAGAUUAAGGAAAAUAGUCCGACCCCGUGGUAUAACGAGCACACUCGCGCCCUAAAGAGAGCAGCCCGGAAAAUGGAGCGCAGCUGGAGGAAAACAAAAUUAGAGGUUUUUCGUACUGCUUGGCGGGAAUGUACCCUAUCGUACAGAAAAGCGUUAAAAUCGGCCAGAUCUGACUACUUUUCGACUCUUUUAGAAGAAAACAAACAUAACCCUAGGUAUUUAUUCAAUACAGUGGCUAAGUUAACAAAAAAUAAAGAACCAACAGGCACUGACUAUGCCCAUCAGCAUAGCAGUAAUGACUUUAUGAACUACUUUACUUCUAAGAUCGAUACAAUUAGAGACAAAAUUGUCACUAUGCAGCCGUCAAUUACAGUGUUGCAUCAGAUAGUGCGCUAUAGAUCUCCUGGGGAACAAUUCAACUCAUUCUCUACUAUAGGUCAGGAAGAAUUGUAUAAACUUGUUAAAUCAUCUAAACCAACAACUUGUAUGCUAGACCCUAUUCCAUCUAGGCUACUAAAAGAGAUGCUUCCAGAUCUCAUAGAUCCUCUGCUAAAUAUUAUUAAUUCAUCACUGUCAUUAGGAUAUGUCCCCAAAACCUUCAAACUGGCUGCUAUUAAGCCUCUAAUUAAAAAACACAACUUGACCCCAACGAAUUAACUAAUUACAGACCUAUCUCGAAUCUCCCAUUUCUGUCAAAGAUAUUAGAAAAGGUUGUAUCCUCACAGUUAUCUUCCUUCCUA